GGCGACAGGCGGGCGUCGAGGCGCAGAUCCCCAGGCCCGAACCCAAAAAAGUCGCGGCGCAAUCAAGCCAGCCUCCAGCCUCAACGGACCACUCCCUCCAUUGUCACAUCGUCAACGCCCUCCCCCACCCUCCUGCCGCCAUCUCGACGGAUUGUCCUUUACCUGCUCGCCUGCAGCCCCGAUAGUGUUAGACACCUCUGUCUCCGCAGACCAUUCGCAUCACGCCUUAAACACCAGCAUCAUGGAGCCCGAGCCGGAAACCCCUUUUGCCUCUGUGCAGGCGCAGACCACCAAGCUUCAAAGGCAAUACCAAGCGCUUCUGGACCAGUCGACACCAUACGUAACAUACAGAUGGAUUGGCACAGGCGCAUUCCUCUUCGUCUUCUUCCUCCGCAUCUUCGUCGCUCAGGGCUGGUACAUUGUGGCAUAUGCGCUCGGUAUCUACCUGCUCAACAUGUUCCUCGCGUUCCUGUCCCCCAAGUUCGACCCCGCUAGCGACAUGCUCGACAACGAAAUGGAGGACGGCAGCGCUGGUGGCCUUCCCACCAAGAGAGACGAGGAGUUCCGGCCCUUCAUCCGCCGUCUUCCCGAGUUCAAGUUCUGGCACGGCGCCACUCGCGCUAUUGCCAUCUCCUUCUUGUGCAGCUGGUUCGAGAUCUUUAACGUACCUGUCUUCUGGCCCGUUCUCGUCAUGUACUGGUUCAUCCUUUUCAUUCUGACCAUGCGCAAGCAAAUCCAGCACAUGAUCAAGUACCGAUACGUCCCCUUCACCUUCGGAAAGGCCAAGUACGGCAAGUCGAGUACCAAUUAAAGAACUUUGGGGCCACGCCAGUGGUGAAGCUUGGUGUCAGCGACAUGUGACAGUCCUAUCUGGAUUGUUCAGGAGCCGACAGGCAACCCGACGGGACUGGGUUCGCCGCCCAAGCGUAUUCUGUACGUGUGAUAAUUUGGAUGUCAAAUGCAAGUCACGAGGCACGAGAAACCUGCUCGAAAUGUCGGGAAGGAGGUUAUUGCACAAUUCAUGCCGUCUGGGCUGGAGUCAGGCGAUCAUUGUUUGUCCGGAUAUAGAGCAGGAAAAUCGGACGCCGGCGCGCGCCUAUGCUAUACGCGUGGAAAAGUAUGCCCAGGGUUUUCGGGUAGCGCGCAUUUGAAGUAAAUCUAGUACUUUUAAUCAAUGAACAUAGACCUGCCAGAUCAGGGCGGAUGCAUUGUA